UAGAAGAAUAACGUUUCUUCUUCUUCUGUUGCUUUCAUGGCUGCUUUAAUCUCAAGUUUAAAAAAUGGAGGAAUAAAGUUCCCGAAACCUUAGAAUUAAUGGAUCUAUCUCUUCACCUCCAAUCGUCCAGAUCUCGGUAAAUUCUAUCAAAAUUUGAUUCCAAUUUGAUUAUCUUUGUCUUCUGUUCUAGAGCUAAACAAUGUCAUCAUCACAAACCCUAGGUGGAACUUCAAGACCUGGUAGAAUACUAGGUCCAUCACUAGAUAAGAUCAUUAAAAAUGUAGCUUGGAGAAAACAUACUAACCUUGUAUCAUCUUGUAAAUCUGUUUUAGACAAGCUAGAAACAUUAACUGAUACAUCAUCAUCAUCAGAUCCUAAAACAAAUCUAAACUCACCGAUUCAUGAAUUCUCUCUUUCUGAUUCUGAAUUUGUUCUCCAACCUUUAAUUCAAGCAAUUGAUACUGGUUCUGUUAAAGUUGUUGAUCCAGCAUUAGAAUGUGUUUUCAAAUUACUUUCUCAAGGUUUAAUCCGAGGCGAAAUCGAUAAUGAAAAACAAUCAUCAGUUUUGUAUCGAAUUGUUGAUUCGAUAUGCAAGUGUGGCGGUCUCGGAGAUGAAGGAAUUGAACUAGCUGUAUUGAAAGUGUUGGUAUCAGCGGUUCGGUCUCCUUUUCUGAUAAUUAGAGGAGAUUGUUUGGUUAAUAUUGUGAAAACAUGUUAUAAUGUGUAUUUAGGCAGUUUGAGUGGGACUAAUCAGAUCUGUGCUAAAGUGGUUUUAGCUCAGAUUGUGUUGAUUGUUUUUACUAGGGUUGAAGAAGAUAGCAUGGAUGCUAAAAUUAGAACUAUUUCUGUCAAUGAGAUGUUGGAGUUUUCUGAUAAGAAUUUGAGUGAAUGGACUUUGGUUCAGUUUGUUCAAAGCUUUAUUAAUGAGGUCAUGGAGGCAAAGGAAUUGCAAAAUGGUGUUGAUGUUGUUUCGGAGGCCAAGGCUGAGUCCGAGGGUGGUGAUGGUGCUGAGAAAAAUGAGAAGUCAAAUGAAGUAGUCGAAUCAGGUGGUGGGGAUAGUAAGUUAAGGGAAGAUGGGGUUCACUUGUUCAAAAACUUGUGCAAAUUUUCUAUGAAGUUUGCGACUCAAGAGAAUCCUGAAGACCCACUGCUCAUCAGGGGAAAAGUUCUUUCGUUGGAGCUUUUAAAGCUUUUGAUGGAUAAUGGUGGUCCGAUUUGGCGAACUAAUGAAAGGUUUCUCAUUAGCGUCAAGCAGUUUCUUUGUUUAUCGUUGCUGAAGAAUAGUGCGUUAUCUGUUAUGAGUAUUUUCCAGCUCCUAUGUUCUAUUCUCAUGAGCUUGUUGACAAAGUUCAGAUCAGGAUUGAAGGCAGAAAUUGGUGUUUUUUUCCCCAUGCUUGUUCUUAGAGUGCUUGAAAAUGUGCUUCAGCCCAGUUUUUUACAGAAAAUGAUAGUUCUCAACUUGCUGGAAAAGAUCUCCCAGGACCCACAAAUCAUCAUCGACCUGUUUGUCAAUUAUGACUGUGAUGUGGAAGCACCAAACCUGUUUGAAAGGACUGUGAACGGCCUUCUAAAGACUGCUUUAGGCCCACCAACUGGGUCUACAACAACAUUGUCUCAAGCGCAAGAUAUGACAUUCCGGCUUGAAGCUGUUAAGUGUUUGGUUUGUAUCAUCAAGUCCAUGGGAGCUUGGAUGGACCAACAGUUGGGAAGUGAUGACUUUAAUCCACCAAGGAGUCCAAAAAGUGAUAUGUCAACAGAGUCUCAUAGCACACAUGGAGAAGAAGGAACUGGGCUUGAUUAUGACCUGCAUUCUGAAACCAAUUCUGAACAUUCAGAAGCUGCUACUCUUGAGCAACGCCGUGCCUUUAAAAUAGAAUUCCAGAAAGGCAUUGCUUUAUUCAAUCGAAAACCUUCCAAGGGAAUCGAUUUUCUAAUAAGUGCAAAGAAAGUUGGUAACUCACCCGAAGAAAUUGCUUCAUUCUUGAAAAGUACUUCAGGCCUGAAUGAAACCAUGAUAGGAGACUAUUUGGGUGAAAGGGAUGACUUCUCUCUGAAAGUAAUGCAUGCCUAUGUCGAUUCAUUUAAUUUUGAAGCAAUGGAAUUUGGUGAAGCAAUAAGAUAUUUUUUACAAGGCUUCAGAUUGCCAGGAGAGGCCCAGAAGAUUGACCGAAUCAUGGAAAAGUUUGCAGAGCGCUAUUGUAAAUGUAACCCAAAUUCUUUUACAAGUGCAGAUACUGUUUAUGUUCUUGCUUAUUCUGUGAUAAUGCUCAAUACAGAUGCACACAACAACAUGGUAAAAGACAAGAUGUCCAAAGCUGAUUUCAUACGCAAUAACCGAGGGAUAGAUGACGGGAAAGAUCUACCUGAGGAGUAUCUGGGCUCCGUAUAUGAUCACAUUGUGAAAAAUGAAAUAAAGAUGAAGGCUGAAUCUUCUGCCCCACAGAACAAACAGGCGAACAGCUUGAAUAAGCUACUAGGCCUCGAAGGUAUUCUCAAUCUUGUUACAUGGAAGCAGGCUGAAGAAAAACCUUUGGGAGCAAACGGUCUUCUGAUUAGGGACAUUCAAGAGCAAUUUAAAGCAACAAGAGGCAAAUCACCAGAGUCAAUCUACUAUUCUGUGACAGAUGCAGCAAUAUUGAGGUUUAUGGUGGAGGUUUGCUGGGCCCCAAUGUUAGCUGCUUUCAGUGUGACUCUUGACCAGAGUAAUGACAAAGUUGCAGCAUUUCAAAGCUUGCAAGGCUUCCGAUAUGCUGUGCAUGUUACUGCAGUAAUGGGAUUGCAGACACAGCGGGAUGCUUUUGUUACAUCUGUGGCAAAGUUUACGUACCUCCACUGUGCUGCUGAUAUGAAGCAAAAAAAUGUUGAUGCAGUAAAGGCAAUGAUAUCCAUUGCUAUUGAAGAUGGUAAUCAUCUUCAGGAAGCCUGGGAGCACAUCUUAACAUGUCUAUCUAGAUUUGAGCACUUACAACUUUUGGGAGAGGGUGCACCAUCUGAUGCGUCCUUCUUAACAGCUUCACGCACUGAAACAGAAGAGAAAAUGCAGAAAUCUGCCAAGGGAAAAGGAAAUGCUCUCCAAAAUUCAGCUGUAAUGGCUGUUGUUCGAGGGGGUUCUUAUGAUAGUGCUACUGUUGGAGUUAAUAGUGGACCAGUUACUCCAGAGCAAAUUAAUAACUUUAUUUCCAAUUUGAAUCUGCUUGACCAAAUUGGGAAUUUCGAGCUGAACCACAUAUUUGCUCAUAGCCCAAGGUUGAACAGUGAAGCAAUAGUAGCGUUUGUAAAGGCCCUCUGCAAAGUAGCCAUAGUAGAAUUGCAGUCUCCGACAGAUCCUCGUGUCUUCAGCCUUACUAAAAUAGUUGAAAUUGCGCACUACAAUAUGAAUCGCAUCAGAUUGGUGUGGAAUCGCAUAUGGAAUGUUCUUUCAGACUUCUUUGUCUCAGUGGGGUUAUCAGAAAAUCUCUCAGUAGCAAUCUUUGUGAUGGAUUCAUUGAGACAGCUAGCUAUGAAGUUUUUGGAGCGUGAAGAGCUGGCAAAUUACAACUUCCAGAAUGAAUUCUUAAGGCCUUUUGCGAUUGUUAUGCAGAAAAGUAACUCGGCAGAAAUAAGGGAGCUGAUUGUUCGUUGUGUCUCGCAGAUGGUCCUCAGCCGUGUCAAUAAUGUGAAAUCCGGAUGGAAAAGUGUUUUUAUGGUCUUCACGAUUGCAGCAGCUGAUGAACGCAAGAAUAUAGUCUUAUUGGCUUUUGAAACAAUGGAGAAAAUAGUUCGAGAUUAUUUCCCAUACAUAACAGAGACUGAAACAACAACCUUUACCGAUUGUGUAAAAUGCCUUAUAACCUUUACCAAUAGCAGAUUCAACAGUGAUGUUAGCCUCAAUGCAAUUGCAUUUCUUCGAUUCUGUGCUGUCAAGCUUGCCGAUGGUGGGCUUGUUUGCUACGAGAAAAACAAGGAAGGUGAUCCAUCUGGUCCGGUAGAAAAUGAAGACACUUCAGACGAGCAUACACUCACUGAGAAGGAUGAUCAUGUUUACUUUUGGGCCCCUUUGCUUACGGGUUUAUCAAAACUAACAUCUGAUCCAAGACCCGCUAUCAGAAAGAGUGCUCUGGAGGUUCUUUUCAACAUUCUGAAGGAUCAUGGACAUCUUUUCUCACGCCCGAUUUGGAUUGGUAUAUUCAAGUCUGUUAUUUUUCCCAUAUUCAGCGGCACCCAAGGCAAGAGAGAUAUACAAGAUGAGAGCGAUGGUCAGUCACCUUCUAGAUAUCAAAGCCACGAGGGUCACAUGUUGAGUUCUGAAACUUGUACUGUGGCAUCACAAUGCCUAGUGGAUCUAUUCAUCAAUUUCUUUGAUGUGGUCCGGUCUCAGUUACCUACUGUUGUCUCGGUACUUACUAGUUUAAUAUUAAGUCAUGGCCAUACCCCUGCUAGUGUCGGUGUUGCUGCUUUGGUGCGUUUGGCAGCUGAGUUGGGGAGCAGGCUGUCUGAAGAUGAAUGGAAAGGUGUAUUUUCUUCUUUGAAAGAAGCAGCUCUGUCAACUCUCCCUGGAUUUCUGAAGGUCGUCAGAACCAUGGAUAGCAUUGACAUACCUUAUCUCACUCAAGCCCAGACAGAUGCAGAUUUACUUUCAGACCAUGGGUUAAACAGCGAUGAUCUUGAGGAUGAUAUAUUGCAAACAGCUUCUUAUGUUGUUUCUAGAAUGAAAGAUCAUAUAGCUGUACAGCUCCUUAUAAUUCAGGUAAUAACUGAGCUAUAUCAGACGCACCAACAAUCCUUGACAGCAGGGAAUAUAACAAUUCUACUGGAGAUGUUCUCAUCUGUUGCAUCGCAUGCCCAUGAACUUAGUUCUCAAACUCUUGUACAGCUGAAACUGCAGAAAGUGUGCUCUGUGCUGGAGGUGUCAGACCCACCUACUGUUCACUUUGAAAAUGAAUCGUACCAAAGUUAUAUCAACUUUUUGAAAGCAUUACUGUCAAACAACCCAUCCCUCUCUGAAGAGAUGGGCAUAGAAACUACACUUAUAAGCAUAUGUGAAAAAGCAAUACAGAUAUACCUAAGCUGUGCACAAGGUGGAGGAAGCAAUCGAUUCAAACAGCAGCAAGCAGAAAAUCAUCAGAAAGUACUACACUGGACUCUUCCUCUGGGUACAGCAAAGAAGGAAGAAUUGGCAGCGCGUACACCUUUAGUUUUGUCUGGGUUGAGAGCAUUGUGUGGGCUGGAGAGGGACUCCUUCAGCAAACAUGCAUCUCGUGUUUUCCCACUAAUUGUGGACCUCGUUAAGAGUGAGCACAGCUCUACAGAAGUGCAGUAUGUGUUAAGGGACAUGUUCCUAUCUUAUAUAGGUCCAAUAGUGAUGAUGAAAUUAUGAUCUCUUGACAUUGGAUGUCUGAUUUUUGAUAUUUGUCGGCUGGCCAGAGAGUGAGUCCACCCGAGAUUUUCUUUAUUUUGUUUCGUAGAUUUAGCCAAAGCCAAAAACGUAUUUCUUAAUUUAAUGUACAGCACAAACAAUCUGAGUAUAUAUAAUCUUUCAAAAGGAUUCGAUAGCUUUGCAGCCA